AUGAGGUCGUGGCGACUGGUGGGCAUUAGUUGCUCCAAUACGUGUCGAUCUGCCUCCUCUAGCUGGCUGCUUUCAAUUGCGAGCGACUGACUUCCCGAGCAUGGAGAGCCAGAACGCGGCGGCGGCCCCGCUGCUCUCGGAGCUCCCGCUGCCGGAGAAGUGGGGCGGCGGAGGCAAGAUCCAGCAGGGGCGGCGCCUGGGCCUGGCGAAGGAGGUGUGGGAGGAGUCCAGGAAGCUGGGGGAGGUGGUCGGCCCGGCCGUGUUCAUGAACCUGGUGUUCUCCACCAUGAACGUCGUCAGCCAGUCCUUCGCCGGCCACCUCGGCGACCUCGAGCUCGCCGCCUUCUCCAUGGCCAACACCGUGGUCGACGGCUUCAACUUCGCCAUUUUGCUUGGCAUGGCGAGUGCACUGGAGACGCUCUGCGGACAGGCGUACGGGGCGAAGCAAUACCACAUGCUGGGCAUCUACCUGCAGCGCUCGUGGCUCAUCCUCCUGGCCUUCGCCGUGCUCCUCUCCCCGAUGUACGUCUUCAGCGGGCCGCUCCUCGCCGCGCUGGGCCAGCCCGCCGAUCUGUCGCGCGAGGCCGGCUCCGCCAGCGUCUACUUCCUGCCGUCGCACUUCAUGUACGCCGUGCUCCUGCCGGUCAUGACGUUCCUGCAGUGCCAGCUCAAGAACUGGGUCACCGCGGCCGCCGCCGCGGCGGUGUUCGCCGUGCACGUUGCGGCGACGUGGCUGCUGGUGAAGUGCCUCGGGCUGGGGAUCUUCGGCGUGGCCAUGGCGUUCAACCUGUCAUGGGUGGUCUUCGCGGCGCUGCUGGUCGCGUACGCUCUCGGCGGCGGGUGCCCGGAGACGUGGAGCGGGUUCUCGACGUCGGCGUUCGUGGACUUGAAGGAGUUUGUCACGUUGUCUGCGUCGUCGGGUGUCAUGGUGUGCUUGGAGAAUUGGUACUACCGGAUAUUGCUUUUCCUCACGGGUUUCUUGAGGAACGCCGAGCUAUCUGUGGAUGCACUAUCUAUCUGUAUGAGUUUGACUGGAUGGGAGAUGAUGAUUCAUAUGGGAUUUUUAGCGGGCACUGGGGUGAGGGUAGCUAAUGAGCUUGGCGCGGCCAAUGGACAAGGUGCAAAGUUUGCGACAAUCGUGUCGACGACAACAUCCUUUCUGAUCAGUCUCUUUGCUAGUUUGCUCGCGCUGAUUUUCCACGACAAGCUCGCGAUGAUCUUCUCAUCAAGUCAGGCCGUGAUCGAUGCGGUCGAUGGCAUAUCCAUUCUGCUCGCGCUCACUAUUCUCCUCAACGGUAUCCAACCUGUGCUCUCUGGAGUUGCUAUUGGUUCAGGCUGGCAAGGACUUGUUGCUUAUGUGAACAUCGGAAGUUACUACUUGAUCGGUGUUCCUCUUGGUGUUCUGCUAGGAUGGGGUUUCAACUACGGUGUUCCUGGAAUAUGGGCUGGAAUGAUCGGCGGCACAAUGAUGCAGACUUUAAUUCUGGCAUUGAUCACCCUUCGAUGUGAUUGGAAUGAAGAGGCACUGAAAGCUGGUAACAGAGUGCGGCAAUGGAGUAGCGCCAAGUGAGCUAGGAGACUUUAUAUAUAUCAAGAUAGAGAACUAGUGGCAUCAAUUCGUUGUAGUUUAUAUCUUAGUUUCUAUGAUCACAAAUAUGUAAUGUUUUAUGUAGUCUAUUGGUUCACUUCAGGUGUAAUUGAUUUAAGGAAGUUGGACCUGGUCGUUUUAUGAGACCAAAGAUCAAGCACACCAUAAAAUGCAAUGGAGGUUUAGGAUUUAGAGACAGUA